GCAAAUUCUGCAUUACCACUGCUAGCGACGGCUAAGAGUAGCCGCACCGCAGACAGUUUCUGGCAAAUCGCUCACAAAUUCACAGCGCCUAACCAAAGCGAAUUUAAAUAGAACCCAAAGAGUAUAGAAUAUGUCUUCGGUGACACAGCAUGCGGGCAAUCAGCCGGUGGCGCAACAAAAUGGCAAGCAACAGUCGACGGCUGGUAGCGCUGGUGGCACAGCUGCGACCAACAACAAUACACAUGACAAAGUGAGCGGCGGCAAUGGGGCAACGGGUAAUGGCGGCGCCAGUGGUGCAAAUUCAAAUACGCAAUCUCAACAAAGCCCCACCAAAAAGACAAGUCUAUCGACUAAGGAGCGCGUCAUUGAUAGUGUACCGUUUCCGCCGAGUCGUAAAUUAACUGUGGCCGAUGUGUUUGACGCACGCACCGGUAAGCCACAACAUGAUGUACUUAAGCAACACUUCAUACUCGAGGGACGUAUCGAGGAGGCAGCCGCCUUGCGUAUCAUACAAGAGGGCGCUGCACUGUUGCGGCAGGAGAAGACCAUGAUUGACAUUGAGGCGCCAGUGACCGUGUGUGGUGACAUACAUGGACAGUUCUAUGAUUUGAUGAAAUUAUUCGAAAUUGGCGGUUCACCAGCCUCCACCAAGUAUCUCUUCCUGGGCGAUUAUGUGGAUCGAGGCUACUUUAGUAUUGAAUGUGUUUUGUAUUUGUGGUCAUUGAAAAUCACGUAUCCAAAUACAUUAUUCUUACUGCGUGGCAAUCACGAAUGCCGUCACUUAACAGAGUACUUCACUUUCAAACAGGAAUGUAAGAUUAAAUAUUCAGAGCGUGUAUACGAUGCCUGCAUGGACGCUUUCGAUUGUUUACCUCUCGCGGCACUAAUGAAUCAACAAUUUCUGUGUGUCCAUGGUGGAUUGUCACCCGAAAUUCAUGAGUUGGAGGAUAUUCGACGUUUAGAUAGAUUUAAAGAGCCGCCAGCAUUCGGUCCAAUGUGUGAUUUAUUAUGGUCAGAUCCUUUAGAAGAUUUUGGUAAUGAGAAAAACUCAGACUUUUAUUCGCACAACUCAGUACGGGGCUGUUCAUAUUUCUACAGUUAUGCAGCUUGCUGUGACUUCUUGCAAAACAACAAUUUAUUAUCGAUAAUACGUGCGCACGAGGCGCAGGACGCCGGCUAUCGCAUGUAUCGCAAAAGUCAAACAACUGGAUUCCCAUCGCUAAUAACCAUCUUCUCAGCACCAAAUUACUUAGAUGUUUACAACAAUAAGGCGGCAGUAUUGAAGUAUGAAAAUAAUGUAAUGAACAUUAGACAGUUCAACUGUUCUCCACAUCCUUACUGGCUUCCCAACUUUAUGGACGUAUUCACAUGGUCAUUGCCCUUCGUAGGUGAGAAAGUCACUGAGAUGCUGGUGAAUGUAUUGAACAUUUGCUCGGAUGAUGAACUCAUGACCGAAGAGAGUGAAGAACCUCUCUCUGAUGAUGAGGCGGCGUUACGUAAAGAAGUUAUACGCAAUAAGAUACGUGCGAUCGGUAAAAUGGCACGUGUAUUCUCAGUGCUGCGAGAGGAAUCUGAAUCUGUAUUGCAAUUAAAGGGACUCACACCCACCGGUGCAUUACCAUUGGGUGCACUCUCCGGUGGCAAACAGUCACUAAAGAAUGCGAUGCAGGGCUUUUCGCCCAAUCACAAGAUCACUUCGUUCGCCGAAGCCAAGGGUCUGGAUGCUGUCAAUGAGCGUAUGCCACCGCGACGUGAUUCGACGCCAUCGCCAGCAGAGGAGGGACAAAAGUCAUUAUCAGCUGCUGCCGCAGCAGCAGCGAAUGCCAACGCCAAUGCGAAUGCAAUCAAUGGAUAAUUCUAAGUCCAUAGUGUUUUAGUAGAUAUGAUGUAAGUCAGUAUGUAGGCCCAGUGGCUGAAAGCAACGUUACGUUGCUUAAGGAAAAGAAAUUGUGUUUGUACUAUGGGUAAUUAACCAGCGCUAGAGUUACCAGCCGGGCGAAGAUAUUGAAUCUUAAGUUAAAAUGCAAAGAAAAAACAAUUAGGAAUGAAAUAACAAAAUACAAAUUAAAUGAAUCGUGGAGUUGUGUCAAAGGUAUAAUGGAAAGAAAAUAGCAAAAGAAAACAAAUAAACUUUCAGAAAAAGGAAGAAAGAAAAUAAACAAAUUGAAGUAUAAAGUAAAAUGAAAUGUAAGAAAUUCAUAGUAAAUUUAAUAUAUAUCUCGUCGUUAUUAUAUUUCAUCUCGUCCUUCUUUCGAUGCACGGUCGUACGCGGAUUUAUUCCACAUAGCUGUAACUGCAUAUGCAUUUGGGGCAAAUCCAAGCGCCCAACAGCAUUGGCGGUCCAUGUACUCUGAUGGUUCCCGAUAUUCCAGCUAACAUUUCAAGUACAAGCAUAUAAUAAUACGCUCAUAUACGAUGCAAACAUAUGUACAUGCAUACGUACAGCAGCGUAUAUGCAUGUUAGAUAGUAAGAGGGCGUUUGGUGAUAGGAAUGGGCUAAUGCAAAGCACACGCGUCAACGCCGUGCACACUCAUCUGGUGAUCGUUUUGUGGUCUUAUACGUGCCAUCUUCAUUGUAGUCAUAUAUGUAAUUGCUGCCUUUAUUUCUGUUCGCUCGGUCAUAUCUUUUACAUACAAACAUAUAAUAUUUUAUCUAAGUCAUAAGCAUUUUACAAAAAUGCCCAAACCGUUUAAAAAGUACUUGUAAAGCGAAUUAUUGUAACAUAUGUAUAAAUAUAUAUAUACAUACAUAUAUAUAAAUAUAUUAGUUAACAUGUAGGUAAAGCAAGUAAAAGAAAGAGAAAUUUGUGUUAACUCCUAACUGUCAGGGAUGCGAAAUUAUAACCAAUGAGUUUUUAGUAUCUAUGAGAUAUUUACAUCAAGUUUUUUUUCAACAUAAUUUUUUUUUAAUGUAAGAAGUUUGUCGAUCCAUACUUACUUCUAUCUAUACACGUACACGUACAUACUAUGUCUCUCUUUCUUCUCUAUCUCUGCAUCUCUCUCUAACUGUUUUGAUAACUUUACUAACUAUCUAAAUAACAAUUACUUAGACCGAGCCGAAGAAGAAUCUCGAAAUAAUCAUAAAGCUUAGCAAUUUUUAUUUUUGGUAUUUUUAUAAUGAUUGUAUGUAAUCUAUUGAUCUACAAAUUAAUAUUUACAUAUAAUAUGCAUAGUAAUGAUAAAAUAAUAUUAACAUUAAAUCCAAAAGAAUGAUUGUUAACCAAUUGUGAGAAUAUCGCAUUAAAAAUGUUUAGUUAAUUGUUAAUCAAUGAAUAGACUAUCGUGUUUUGUUUAUUUUUCUUUCUAUGUAAGCGAUUUGUAACUAUCUAUAAAAUAAAGAAUUUACUAAAAAAAAAAAUUUAUUAAAUAAUAUUACACUUACUUAUAACUGAAAUGUGAAUUUACAAUUAAGAUUAAAGCUAAAUAAAUCAAUACAUAAAUAAAUAAAAAAAAUUACUUAAUACUUAAAUAAGUUAUAUACAAUAUUUGCAAAAUAAAACAAACAAAUUUGUUGAAGUUAUCAACACAAUCAGCAAAGUAAAUGCAAAUUUAAUGAAAACAAAAUACAUGCAUACAUACUUUUUCAUUAAUUAAUAAUUAUUAAAUAUAAUAUAAAACUUAUACAUAUAGCAAUUUGAAGUACUUAAAUUAGAAAAAUACGUACGUACUCAUGCAUACAUAUAACUUUAAAUAUCGCCCAAAAGUACAGCAAAAAUACAACAGUUUAAACAAUUGCACGAAAAUACAAAAAUUAUGUAGUGAAAUUUUAGAAAUGUAAGCGCUGCGAAAACCAAGUAAAUACAUACAUAUAUAAAUAUUUUCAAAAUUAUAUGUGUGCCUGUUUUAGUUUAUUUUUUGGUAUAAUUGUGCAUAAUAUCAUUUCUUAUACAAAUAAGUCAAUAACUUGCAAAAUUGAUCGAUUGUUUAAAUUUUACAUAUAUAUUUAACUCGAAAUUUCCGAAAUACAUGGGAAAUUGAUUGAUGAUUUCCGUUAGAUUGAUAAAUAGAACGAUAUAAAUCUAAAUACAUGACUGCAUAUAGACUUUUUAAAAGGUUAAUAGCAUGAUCGCCGAUUAUCAACAGUGUGAAAUACCUGUGAAAAGCGUUUUAAUUAAGAAUUAUGUUUGGAAAUGUUUCCUUCAGAGCUACACUACUUCCAAUAAUCUCAUUAAUAUCUCAAAUGAAUCAGUUUUUAUAAUGACACUUUAAAUUUAGCUGUAGAUUUCUUUGAUCACACAUAUUUUUGUUAUUGUCACUGAAUUUUAUCUUACUGAUUUACUUAUGUACAUUGUCUCUACAAUGUUUACUUCAUCAAAACUAACAGCAUAACUAAAUUUGUUCAGUUAUAUUAAAUUUAGAGGAAAUUAAAAUUAUUUAACCGGAAAUAGCAAACAAUUUUUGUUACUUUACUUUGCCUUUCGUUGAAAGUGUCAAAUUUUCAUGCUUUCGUCUUUAGUACAUUUUUGGUGUGUGCAUAAAGCCUUGUUCACACUACCAGCACGAAACCGUAAUACCAGCAAGUUAACUGCUAAGGAUUCAACAAAUUGACAAAGAACUAAAAAUGAAUUAAGAUAUUGGAGAAAGGCGUAAUAAUCAAAGCGGGAAAGUGAACAGUCUUUCCGAGUAGACAUAACUGGAUAAUAUUAUCUGUUUAUAUAAAAAUCAAUUCAGAUAUUUUAGUAACUUCGUUAAAAGUAAUAUGAUUUUCUUAAUAAUUCAAUUUAAUUCAGUAUAAAGCAUAUAAGUACGUAAUUUGAAACGACAUAAAAACAUAUUAAUAUUCCAAAAAAGCAGCUGAUCGUUUUUUUUUUACAUGAAAUCUACAACAACUUUAACAUACAUUUAACAUGAUAUCAAAGUAUAAAAUAUAUGAAAAUAAUAUCUACAUACAUACAUAUUAGGAAAUUAUUACUAAAGAGUGUGUUUUCGCCAAAUAAUGACACGGUGUAAAGAAUCACUUACGAAUGCAGCGUUAAGAGUUUUCAAAACAAAAAAAAAAGAUUAGUUUGAGUGAGGGAAUUCAUUAUUGGUGAACACGAAAAUAUUACAAAAAAGCCAUAUAUUCAAAAACAUUCAAAAGUAGCAGAGAGCACGUCUUCAUUUCUAGAUAAAUCUUAAAAAA